AUGAAGAUCCUAUCUUUCAAUGUUAGAGGUUUGGGGGUGGGGGAGAAAAGAAGUGUAAUCAGAGAGGUAGUCAACCAAAAUUAUGUUGAAAUGCUUUGCAUUCAGGAAACCAAAGUUCAGUCUGUUGAUAGAAGAUUGUGCUUUCUGUUGUGGGGUGACUCUGAUUUUGAUUGGAGGGCAAUCCCAGCUGUGAAUAGUGCAGGCGGAUUACUUUGUAUUUGGAAUGCAAAGGCUUUUGCUGUGGAAGAGGUUGUUCAGGGAGGAGGUUUCCUUGGCUUAGUUGGUGUUUGGACAGCGAAUCAUCACAGGUGUGUAAUUGUUAACAUUUACUUUGCUUGUGGUUUAGCUGACAAGAGAGCCUUGUGGUCUAGUUUGCUUGAAUGGCGUCAGCAAUGCCAGGAUCCUUCUUGGUGUUUAUUGGGGGAUUUUAAUGCUGUCAGAUAUGAAGAUAAACGUCGAGGUGUGGCAGGGGUGUUGCCUUGUCAAAGGAGGGAGAUGGCUGAGUUUAAUUUAUUUAUUGACAAUAUGGAGCUGCUGGAUUUACCGUUAGCAGGUAGGAAGUUUACUUGGCGCCGACCGAAUAACCAAGCGCAUAGUAGAAUUGACAGAUUUUUGGUAUCCAAGGAGUGGUGUGAUGCUUGGCCGAAUUGCUCUCAGCUGGUCCUCAACCGUGAUAUUUCUGAUCAUAGUCCUCUGUUGCUCCGUCAGUCGUUUCAGGAUUGGGGCCCGAAGCCCUUCAGGGUGCUGAAUUGCUGGCUCGAUGAUCAUAGACUUCGUCCUUUUGUUGAGCAAACUUGGGCAGGUUUGCGUGUUCGCGGUUGGGGAGCAUUUGUGCUAAAGGAGAAGGUCAAAGGUUUGAAAGGGAGUUUAAAAGAUUGGAACUCUCAGGUGUUUGGUGAUAUGAAAACUUGA